UUUUAAAUCACUUUUUUAUUAUUAUUGGUAGAUUGAACUACAGUGCAGUGCAGUGCAGUACAGUACUUAAUAAAAAGCAAAAAUGUUUAUAACUGACAAAUUAUUGACCGACCUAAUUAUAGCGAUUACAACCCUUGGAAUCGCUGCAUAUUUUUAUAUCAAACACAAAUACAGCUAUUGGACCAGAAGAGGUGUUCCUCAGAUUCCACCUACUUUCCCGUUUGGCAAUCAUUCAAUAAGUUUACCAAAAGGUAUAUCAUUGGGAGGGCUUUCUGAAAUAUAUUAUAAAGAAUUUAAAAAACAAGGACAAAAAUUAGGGGGUGUCUAUUUAGGUUUGGAUCCAUAUCUAGUUAUAACUGAUGUUACAUUAGCAAAACAUAUUUUAACUACAGAUUUCUCAAGUUUCGUAGAUCGUGGUGUCUUUCACAAUAAAAAAAGUCCCCUUAGUGUGAAUAUAAUAACGCAAGGUGGAGAUGAGUGGAGAACUUCCAGGUCCAAAUUUACGAGCAUAUUCACAUCUGCCAAAAUGAAAUACUUCUUUAACACCAUAAAAAAAUGCAGUGAUGAAUUGGAAAGCAAUUUGGAAGUCUUAGCGAAAGAUGGAAAGGCAGAUAUUGAUAUUUACGAAGUUAUGGGUUGCUAUUUUACCGAUGUGAUAGGAUCAGUUACUUAUGGAGUCGACGCUAACAGUUUCAAGUCUCCAGAUGCCACUUUCAGAAAAUUAGGACGAGAUUUGUUUGGAACCUUUACAUUACCAUUCAGAUUUGCGUUAUUCAUCACCAUUUGCUACCCCAAAUUAGCCAAACUUAUUAACCUAGCUGGCUUCCAACCUAAUGUUGAAUCAUUCUUCAAAAAUUUUGUUCCGGAAGCUCUAGAAAACAGAAUCAAAAACAAAGAACAGAGAGCGGAUUUCCUGCAGUUAUUAAUCGAAAUGAAAAAUUCUGGAGUUGAUCUAACCACAGACGAAAUUGUUGGUCAGUCGUUCAUAUUUUUUGCGGCUGGCUUUGAAACAUCAUCAGCAGUUUCUGCGCUAAUGCUUUACGAAAUGGCUAAAAAUUCAGAGAUUCAACAAAAAGUAAGAGCCGAAAUUAAACAAGUUCUUUCAAAAUAUGGAGACUUAACCUAUGAUGCUAUACAGGACAUGACAUAUCUCUCUCAAGUAUUAAACGAGGCCAUGAGGAAAUAUCCUUUACUGCCAUCACUCCAUAGGGUCUGUGUUAAAGACUACCAAUUCCCAGAUUCAAACGUAGUAAUUGAAAAAGGAACUGCCGUUAUUAUGUCGGCUCAAGGAUGGCACCGCGAUGCAGACCUAUUCCCAGAUCCUAUGAAAUUUGAUCCUGAUAGAUUCGAAGAUAAAAAUGCUAAACUCGAAGGAUAUAUCCCAUUUGGAGAAGGACCUAGAAACUGCAUAGGAUUAAGACUAGGAAUUUUGCAGUCAAAGAUGGGUGUAGCAGAAAUAGUUAAGAAUUAUGAAGUCUCCGUAAGUCCAAACUGUAAAGAACCACUAGAGCUUGACCCACUUACUUUUGUAUUAAAGACUGAAGAUCCAAUCAUAUUAAGGUUAAAGAAAAUCAAUAAAUAAAUAUAUUUAAAAAAC